AUGGAGGAAGCAAAGACUCUCAUCAGGACAACUGUCCGCACCUUCUUCACGCACCCAAAGCAAAUCCUCAUCAUCGAUGCACUGAUGCUACACUCCGUUCUACACAUCGAAGACCUUGCCGUUCUACUCUCAACACAGCCCAAGGACAUUCGCGCACUCAUCAAUCCCCUCAGAAGCGCCCGACUACUCACCACGCACUCUCGAGUCGAAGUUCGUGUCGGUACUCAACGAGGUGUUACUCGAGACUACUACUACUGCCCAUUCCACCCCGCCAUCGACGCGAUCAAGUACCGCAUCGCUAAGCUGCGCAAACGAGUAAAUGACCUGUACAAGGAGGAUGAAACCAAGCGCAAAGAUUGGCGAUGUCCCCGCUGCAAAGCCGAGUAUGAGGAACUGGAUAUUUUGGACAAGAUAGGCGAUGACGGAUUCUUCUGCGACCGCUGUGGCGCCACACUGGUACAAAACAUGCAGGCCUUGAAAGACAAAGGUUCACACGAAAAGAUACUCAAGCUCAACUCUCAAUUGAAGAAAUUCGACGAUAUCAUCCACAAGAUAGACCACAAAACCAUCCCAGAGAAUGACUUCAUCUCUGCUUGGGAGCGCAAGAAGGAUGUUCCGCGUGAACGUGGUGGCAGGGAGCCUAACCAAUACAUGGAGUUGAAACGGGAUGAUAAGAAUGCCAAACGGGGACCAGAUAUGGUCAAGACAGAAAAUUUGGCUGUCAAUCUGACGAGUGGAGCGGAGCAGGACCGCGAGGAGGCCGAGAAGAAGGAAGAGAGGCGAAAGCUCUUGGCGAAGCAGAAUCAGUUACCAGCCUGGCACACAUCGAGUGCAAUUGGGCUCAAUGCUGGCGGAGUUUCUGUCAAGUCUGAAGGAAGUGGCACGAAUGGGUUACUGAUGAAGAAAGAGGAAGAACUCGAUGAGAAGAAACCACUGGAUCUACUCAACAACGCCUCAUCUUCAUCCACAGCCCCAGCCACCACGAACACCAUGCAGGAUGAGGUUGCCGCCUAUAUGGCGGAGAUGGAGAGGGAGCGUGAAGAAGCCGAGAAGCGUGCCAAGGAGGAGGAUGAAGAGGAGGAUGAAGAUUUCGAAUUCGAAGACGUGGUUGGCACGAGCGUAGUCGGUACGCCAGCAAGCUCUUCCCAACCCACCUCGUCAAUGGCGCCCCUCAACGGCGUCAAGCGGGAAUUCGACGACGACUCCAGUGACGCAAAUACGCCCGCCAGCUUCGACAUUCGCGACCGAGAAAGAGAUUCAAAGCGUGUCAAAUUCGAGAACGGGAGCAACAACAGCUCCAGCAUGAAUAGGACAGUCGCAGCGGGCGUCAAAGUUGAAGGGUUUGGGCAGUCCAAUAUUCCUUCGAGCGUCAAGCCUGAAGGUGAUGCGGAUUCAGAAGAGGACGAGGAUUUCGAGGAUGCUAUUUAG